AGCAAAACGAGUGAAUAGGACAAAUGUUGUUAUCACACUGAAUCAGCCCCAGAAAAAUAUCGCAUGAUUGUCAAGAGCGUCUAAUCCGUCGUCACCGUCAUCAGCAUUCAAGCCAACCGGGGACCCUUACCUAUUUCCCCCUUUUCCCCUCUUCUCCUGCGCUAUACUCCUCCCAAGCUUGAUCUGGGGAGCUAUCUAGAGUAGACGGGUCGACUACAUUUGCGAUGAUCAGGGAGUAUCAUCGCCUUGGCUUGCGUGACAGGACCGAUUGAUGUCAGGAGUGGAUGGGAGAAGUCGGACGAGGCAUUUUUGGAGGUGAAUGUCAAGGCGUUAGAAGGUAUAUCAAGUACUCAGGCGAAAUCGAUCGCGCAGACGCUGAAAUCUGCCCUCACUCCAUCCCUCUUGCUUGGACGGGCACCAGCACGCUCAUUCAACUCACCUCAUUCAACUCACCUCAUUCAACUCACCUCAUUCAACUCACCUCAUUCAACUCACCUCAUUCAACUCACCUCAUUCAACUCACCUCAUUCAACUCACCUCAUUCAACUCACCUCAUUCAACUCACCCUACAAGCACUCUCUCCUCCCUUACUCCCUUCGAAUUUUCCCCAACCCCAAAUAUCGCGAUGUGGAAAAGCGGCGAUGAGGAACGCCGCUACAGCCGCGUUCCUCGACGCGGGCAGCGUGAGCAUGCGUGAUAUCGUUUGCGCCUGUGCAGUUGGUACUAGGAACGGUGCGCUUGUGCUUGACCCGACAGAGAGGAAUGGGCGUUUUUGGUUUCCUAUUCCGCGGAACAGUGCCAGGAGAGCUGGUGUGGGCCGAAUCGGAAGGGGAAGACGGAGACUGGGGAAAGAUCGCAAGAAGAGAGCCACAGAUGGGGGCGGAGAUGGUGAGGGACUUUAUGCGAGCGCAGUUUGAGUGAGCAGCAGGUGUUGUGCAGGAGGACGAGAUGAUGAAGUAGAGCAGAUUUGGGUAAUAAACAUUAACAUGUAACACUAGCUACAUACACAACAAAGAAUAGCAUGUAGUCAAGGGACUUGAUC